UCAGAAGCGUCGGGACCGGAUCCGCAGUUGGCGGUCACCAUGGGCUUCACGGGGUUCGGAAAAAAAGCUCGCACAUUUGAUUUGGAAGCAAUGUUUGAACAAACACGAAGAACAGCUGUGGAAAGAAGUCGGAAAACACUGGCGGAACCAGUAUUUGGAAGGCUGGGCGAGAGGUGGCUCUCAGAGCUGUGUACACCACUGACCGUUGACUCAGACAGUAUAGAAAAUUGAUACAUACAGUGAAUGUGGCUGCUGCUGUUGAACCCCUGUAUUAAUGAAUUUAUCAGACAUUUAAUGAAGGCCUUAAUUUCCAGACUGUCUGGUGUGAUACUAGAAGCAAGAGAAAAAGAGGAAGAAAUGAACAGAGAGAAAGAAUUAAGAAGGCAAAAUGAAGAUAGUGAACCAACAUCUUCGGGCUCACAUGUAGUCAGAGACCGCUCGAAAUCAUCUUCCAGGGAUACAAGCAGCAGUGAGAGUGAAGAGAGUUCUGAUUCUUCUGAUGAUGAGUUAAUUGGCCCUCCAUUACCCCUUAAAAUGAUGCAAGAACCAAGUAAUCAUAUGGAGGAAGAUAUCCUCGGUCCUUUACCUCCACCUCUUUACGAAGAAGUAGAAGAAGACGAUGAUGAUGAUGGUGAUUCAGAGGAGGAGGAAAAUCCUGUCCAAAAGAUCCCUGACUCGCAUGAAAUAACUCUAAAGCAUGGCACUAAAACAGUUUCUGCUUUGGGUCUGGAUCCCUCAGGUGCCCGUUUGGUGACUGGAGGAUAUGAUUAUGAUGUUAAGUUUUGGGAUUUUGCUGGAAUGGAUGCUUCUUUUAAGGCAUUUCGAUCCCUUCAGCCCUGUGAAUGCCAUCAGAUCAAGUCACUGCAGUAUAGUAACACAGGAGACAUGAUUCUUGUUGUAUCUGGAAGCUCUCAGGCCAAAGUGAUUGACAGAGAUGGUUUUGAAGUAAUGGAAUGUAUAAAGGGAGACCAGUAUAUUGUGGACAUGGCAAACACCAAGGGUCAUACAGCAAUGCUUCAUACUGGUUCAUGGCAUCCCAAAAUAAAGGGAGAGUUUAUGACUUGCUCAAAUGAUGCGACUGUGAGGACAUGGGAAGUUGAAAAUCCAAGGAAGCAAAGAAGUGUGUUUAAACCACGGACGAUGCAGGGUAAAAAAGUAAUUCCCACCACGUGCACAUACAGUAGAGAUGGAAACCUCAUAGCAGCUGCCUGCCAGAAUGGAAGCAUACAGAUCUGGGACAGAAAUUUGACUGUUCAUCCUAAAUUCCACUAUAAACAAGCUCAUGACCCAGGCACGGACACUUCUUGCGUGGCUUUUUCCUAUGAUGGUAAUGUCCUUGCCUCUCGUGGAGGUGAUGAUACAUUGAAAUUAUGGGACAUCCGACAGUUUAAUAAGCCACUUUUUUCAGCCUCGGAUCUUCCUACCAUGUUCCCAAUGACUGACUGCUGUUUCAGUCCAGAUGAUAAACUCAUAGUCACUGGGACAUCUGUUCAAAGGGGAUGUGGCAGCGGCAAACUUGUUUUCUUUGAGCGCAGGACUUUCCAAAGGGUGUAUGAAAUAGACAUCACGGAUGCGAGUGUUGUCCGCUGCCUGUGGCAUCCAAAGCUGAACCAGAUCAUGGUAGGAACUGGAAAUGGAUUGGCUAAAGUCUAUUAUGACCCCAACAAGAGCCAGAGGGGAGCAAAAUUAUGUGUGGUUAAAACCCAGCGGAAGGCAAAACAAGCCGAGACUCUAACCCAGGACUACAUCAUCACCCCUCAUGCCUUGCCUAUGUUCCGUGAGCCCCGCCAACGGAGUACAAGGAAACAGCUGGAGAAGGACAGACUGGAUCCCCUGAAGUCGCACAAACCCGAACCUCCUGUGGCAGGCCCAGGUCGUGGCGGCCGGGUUGGAACCCAUGGGGGCACUCUGUCGUCAUACAUUGUGAAGAACAUUGCUUUGGACAAAACUGAUGACAGCAAUCCCCGGGAAGCCAUUCUGCGGCAUGCUAAAGCAGCCGAAGACAACCCGUAUUGGGUUUCUCCAGCAUAUUCUAAGACUCAGCCCAAAACCAUGUUUGCCCAAGUUGAAUCUGAUGAUGAGGAAGCAAAGAAUGAGCCAGAAUGGAAAAAACGUAAAAUUUGAAGACUCUCCCAUGAGAGCUCUUUGCAUGAGGGGGAGUGAUAUUGGACAGUUUUUUGUUUUUUAAUGAAAUAAAAAAUACAUUUUUAUGAA